CUGCCAACACCAUUCCAUCAGACCCGCCCGGAGACAGCACACACACCUAGUACCCAAACUCAAUCCCAGAUCCCUUGUUCCCAGAUACUCAGUUCCCACAGCCCAGACGAUGGCCGAAGGUUUCAAGAAGUACUUCAAUGGGACAACCAUCAACGGGCGCGCUAACGUUGCCAAGGCCACAUACGCCACAAUAGCCCUGCUGUACAUCAUAUACCGCUUGCGCCGCGGAUCUGGCAAGUCUUCCAGCGAGUUGGCCAGCGGGAAGUGCAGCUGCGAAGCGGACCACGAUGCACCACUGAAUGGCGACAUAGGCGUCUAUGCCGUGGAUCCCGACUGUUCCGUUUGCCGGGAGCGAUCGGAGCGGGCGAUGACUGAAUACGAUCGCGAGCAGCAGCGACGGGCGGCGAACGAGGAUGACGAUGGCUGCCGUGACGAUCCGCCACCCCCGCCGCCCUCAUCCAGUGGAUCCGGGGGAGCCGGCUCAGCUCCGCCGCGCCGCAAGUGUCCCUGCGAGGAGACGCAACGGCGCGCGGAAGGAUCCCUGAAGCACAGCAGCAGCAGGGCGCGGGGUCAGCAGAUCCAGCCGCCCAACCAGUACCAACAGUACUUGCAGCCCGAGCCAGAGCAAGUGCGUCCGGCCAGCCAGCUGAUGGGUCAAGUGCACGACGCCUUUUACCGGGUGCUGCGAGGAGUCGUGGGGGCUGUUUUGGGUACUGCGGCGGUCAACACCAGUGGGAGCGGUACCGCUGCCAAUGCUCAGGCUCAGGCAGCCGCAGGAGCAGGAUCCUCGACUGAUGAGCAGGAGGAUGAGGAAGAGCGCGACGAUGGCCAGGAGUACGAGAACGGCGAUGAAACCCAGCUGAAGCGCCGCACCGCUCCACGCUCCUGCGUGCCCACCAGCAACGGCCAGGAGAACUCCGCGGGACAGCCGGAGGAGAUGCCCCGGGAACAGGCAGACGCCCAGCCAAAGGAACAGGCGGAGUACAGCGCCUUCAGCGAUGGCUUUGCCUCCGGUCUGUACUUUACCAGCGACGAGAAGUGAUUGAUGAGCGGCUGGGACAGGACUCCGCUGGUUGCCAUGCGUCUCCGGACCAGGUGCUUCUGGGGAUCUGCUAAAUUCUUGGUUGAAAUUAAAUUUUUAAAAAAGUA